AAGCUCAGUCGCUGCAAAACGCACAUUUCGCUCUCCCGCAACCUUCCGUCCAAACGGCAAUGGAGUCGCGAGUACUGUCUCGGUCUGCCGCCAUCUCCGGCCUGCCUCACCUCUCGAAACCUCCGCGCGAUUGCAGCAACGUUUCGUUUGUUUCGGUUAGGUCCAUCGGAGCCGUCGGAGAGGGAGGCAAUGUUAUCUGGGGAAGGCAGCUGAGGCCAGCUCUGCUUCUGGAGAGCUCACAGGUGACGGCAUCUCCAGCUACCAGCUUGUUAGUCGGGAAACGCGAGAUUCUGCGGCCCUGCCUCGCCGCAUCCUCUCCCGCCGAGGGGAAUGAUUCCGCCGGGGAAAAAAUCGCUUCGGUUGGAUUCUUCGACAAGUAUCCGGCUCUUCUCACCGGUUUCUUCUUCUUCAUGUGGUAUUUCUUGAACGUGAUAUUCAACAUCAUAAACAAGAAGAUUUACAAUUACUUUCCCUAUCCUUAUUUUGUGUCGGUUAUUCACUUGUUUGUUGGAGUGGUUUACUGUUUAGUGAGCUGGGGUGUAGGACUCCCGAAGCGAGCUCCGAUUGACUCAAAACUCCUCAAGUUGUUGAUCCCUGUUGCUGUAUGCCACGCCUUAGGCCAUGUGACUAGCAAUGUUUCUUUUGCAGCUGUUGCUGUCUCUUUCACCCACACUAUUAAAGCUCUUGAGCCUUUCUUCAAUGCGGCUGCAUCCCAGUUCAUACUUGGACAACAAAUCCCUUUUACUUUAUGGCUAUCGCUUGCUCCUGUUGUCAUUGGUGUGUCUAUGGCAUCAUUGACUGAGCUGUCAUUCAAUUGGACGGGCUUCAUCAGUGCUAUGAUUUCCAAUGUCUCUUUCACCUACAGGAGUAUCUAUUCCAAGAAAGCCAUGACUGACAUGGACAGCACAAAUGUCUAUGCUUAUAUCUCCAUCAUUGCUCUCUUUGUUUGCAUUCCUCCUGCCAUCAUUUUAGAGGGUCCUCAACUGAUUAAGCAUGGGUUCAGUGAUGCAAUUACUAAAGUUGGCAUGACCAAAUUCAUCUCCGAUCUCUUUUGGGUGGGAAUGUUUUACCAUCUCUACAAUCAGCUGGCCACAAAUACACUGGAGCGAGUGGCACCACUUACACAUGCAGUGGGUAAUGUGCUGAAACGGGUGUUUGUGAUUGGCUUUUCAAUCAUCAUCUUUGGAAACAAGAUUACAACACAGACCGGUAUUGGAACAUGCAUUGCAAUUGCUGGGGUAGCAAUCUACUCUUUCAUUAAGGCCAGGAUGGAAGAAGAGAAACGACAAAUGAAAGCAGCAUAAGAGGCAUGGGAACGAAGGAAGGAGAUAGCGGAUGUAAAGUUACAUAUCUUUUCCUCCUGAAGAUAAAAAAGAUGUUUAAUGAAUGAUCUACCGUUGUUGUGAAGUUAUUUUUUGAUCAAUUUUCUUAAAUUAAGGGAAACAAACAAUUGCUAAUUUGCAAGUAGCUUAUGUUGACUAUGAAUAAUGUUUCACUUGUUCUGUUUCUCCCUGCAAGCUUUCUAUGAUUAGAAGCGAAGCAUAGAAUUAUUGUGAAUAGUAUGAUACAGUGCUGCAGAAGUUCAAUGUUUUAGCUG